AUGCCCAUUCAAGCUUUGCCAGAAAAUACUACUCGACUUCUCGGCUCUUCGCUCGCCCUGACUGAUGCUAGAUCUGUCGUCAAGGAGCUCGUGGACAACGCUCUCGAUGCACGUGCAACAGCAAUCAGCGUCGAGAUAUCGAACAACACCCUAGAUGUCAUCCAGGUCAAAGAUAAUGGCACGGGCAUUGGUAUCCAGGAUCGGCAGCUCCUGUGCAAGCGAGGCUGUACAUCCAAGAUCACCUCAAUGGAGGACCUUGAAAGCCUUGGUGGCUCUUCUCUAGGCUUCCGAGGUGAAGCACUGGCCAGCAUCGUGGAGUUAAGCCAGGCCGUAGUCAUUACUACUCGAGUGGAUGGCGAGGUUGUUGGGACAUCCAUCAAGUAUGCUGCCUCGGGAAUGCUCAGUUCAUCUUCGGCCUCACAUCCCGUCGGGACGACGAUUCGCGUGCAGGAUUUCCUCUCCAAGCUACCGGUCAGAAAGCAGACGGCGCUCAAAGAAAGCAUGAAAACUUUACAAGCUAUAAGACUCCUUCUUUUCUCAUUCGCUUUCGCCAGACCAGAAGUGCGUCUUUCGUUGAGAGUACUGAAAGGGAAGAAUGAUAAACUCAAUUGGACUUAUGCACCCACCUUGCCAACUUCGAUGACUGAGGUAGCAACAAAGAUUGUUGGAAAAGAAGUUGUUUCUGAGUGUACAGCGCACAGUAUCACUCCGAGUGAUUGUGAUGUGGACCUUGACAAUGGUUGGAAAAUUAAUGCUCUUUUGCUAUCGACCGCCCGAGGUUCUGCCAAUGCUCGCAAUGCUAAACAAUACAUUUCCAUCGACGGCCGCCCUGUCAAUGCGGAUCGAGGUACAAUACGGGAAGUGACCAAAUCUUACAAGCGCCACCUCCAGAAAACGCUCCCAUUGUCAGAGAGCUCGUCAGUUUCGCGACCAUUUCUCUUCAUGCAGAUCCAGUGCCCCUCACAAAGCUACGACGUCAAUCUAGAGCCCACCAAGGACGAGGUCCUUUUUGCCCGACCUGACCAACUUCUGUCUCUAGUAGAAUUCUUAUUUGGUCGGGUGUAUCCUGUCCUUGAGGAUCAUGGCGUUGAUGCAGCAGCGGAUGGAAGCGCAACGUCUUUGUCGCUCAUUGCCACAUCCAAUACUAGUCGUGAAGACCUUGUCAGCCCAGAGGAGGAUGGACAUUCAUUGAGAGAUGACAACGUCUUGGUUACAGCCGACAAGGAAGAAUCACUGGCAUGCAGAUCAGCACUGCGGAACCCCUUUACGAUUGCUGCAAUGAAUGCACAAGUGAAGCCUCGAAGGAUGGAGAUAAACCAUGCUAGCGCAACAUCUGAUGGAGACCCUAAUACUCUACCCGAUGAAGAGACGGUAGAAAGGCUUGAGAAUGAUUACCCAACCGUGACACCCUCGCAGAAACCUUCAGAAGCUCCACAACCAGAUGAUUUGGAUCUGAGUAACCCGUCCUUCCCCCAACCAGUUCCUCCGACGAGACACCCUGUCAAACAGCCGAGGACGAUAGAAAUUGGAGGGACACACACCUCAGAAGUGCAGGGGCGACAGACUUCAAUUCCGGGUCUACAUCGACCCACUGGCUCGAACGACAGCUGCAAGACUAAAGUCUCCGAUCUAGCAAGGAACGCUCUUAGUGUCUUGGAGACGAGAGCAGAGUCUUAUGUCGACCCGUUGUCACCUCCGCUUAGCUCUCAAGCGUAUCGGGGAUGGGGGCCAGGCCAGAAGCCCUUCAAGGUGCCACUGAUACGUUCAGGUCAAGCCGCAUCUUCUAUACCUGCGCCUUUGACUCCGCCUUCAAGCCUUCGCGAUUAUCGUCAACUGUCACUACAGAGGGAUCUCCGAGGACUUCCUGUAGUGUCCGACGAGCACGGCAGUGAUUCUGACCAGCAUUCACAAGUGAGAAGUACCGAAUCUAGUCGAAGGCGGUCCCCAGCAAAUCACCUUCUGCAGCCUAACGCUGAAUUGGAUGAUAUUAUGGAUUUCGAGUACAGAAAGAAAGCCGCAAUAGCUCAUCAGAAAAGGACCAUCAGGAGUCUCACUGCCGCUUCAUUCAAAGAGGGGAUUGUUAGACCGGCCCAACCAGCGUCAUCUUCUGUAUCGCCAUCGCCUACCGUUGAGACGGAGCCAACAGAGAGUGCAAGCGCUGAAGAUUAUGGUGCGAAAUUUGACAACACAGGGUCACGAGUUUCGAUGCCGCUGGCAUCGAAUCCUCAUCGGAACCGCUAUCUAAAGGCAUUGGAGGACUUGUCACAUUCCCAUCCGCAUCCUCCACCUGAACUCCGUGAGAGUGACGAGCAGAGCAACUUAGCAGAUACAGCCAUAUUAGAGAAUGAUUUGGGGAAGUCCAAGCUUGCCGCCGACGACCCACGGGCUUAUUUGAUGAAAAUGCAACGACACAAGAAUAGAAAUGGCAAAAUCUACCGAACAAAGUCGUCCAAGUUACCCCUCGAAGCGAUCCCCUCGGAUUCGACGACCUGCAAUCUUGUGCUGACCUUGAAUGAUUUCAAAGACACCAAAGACGUAUAUAAACAACUCCAGGCUUUGGGCUCUUGUGAUCCCUACCCGAGCUCUGGCCGCACGCAAUACAUAGAUUUCGACGACUGCAACGCAUCGAUUGACGGGAAGUGGCGACUUGUGCUACAAAAGAUGGUCAAGACAAAGUUUCGCUACAAAACAGAAGAUGGUGGGGAGGGUGUUCCGGAAGAUCUGGUCAUUGUGGCGAAGAAAAUCGCUGAAGAGUAG